UCAGCGGGUGGUGGGGGUUGCACUGCGGUAAUAUGGCUCUUCCUUAGCCAGCGGCGGCGGCCGGAGGUGAGGUAGAGCCGUCCUGCCUCUCGGGUGGCUGGUGUCUGGGCUGCAGGGGCUCGGCGGGUCGUGACUAGGCGGUGGUGGCGGAUGCCGCAGGAGUGCCGGCCCCGCCGCUUGGCGGCUCCCGGGUCAAGAUGAGCGCUUCAGCGUCGGUCGGGGGCCCGGUCCCGCCGCCGCCCCCGGGCCCGGCCGCCGCGCUGCCUCCCGGUUCUGCCGCGCGGGCCCUGCAUGUGGAGCUGCCGUCUCAGCAGCGGCGUCUUAGACAUCUUCGAAACAUUGCUGCUCGGAACAUUGUUAAUAAGAAUGGCCAUCAACUCCUUGACACCUACUUCACACUUCACUUGUGUAACACUGAAAAGGUAUAUAAAGAAUUUUAUAGGAGUGAAGUGAUUAAGAACUCCUUGAAUCCAACAUGGCGAAGUCUUGAUUUUGGAAUCAUGCCAGACCGUCUGGAUACAUCUGUGUCUUGUUUCAUGGUGAAGAUAUGGGGUGGAAAGGAGGACAUCUACCAGCUGUUGAUUGAAUGGAAAGUCUGUUUGGAUGGGCUAAAAUAUUUGGGUCAGCAGAUUCAUGCCCGCAACCAAAAUGAAAUAAUUUUUGGGCUGAAUGAUGGCUAUUAUGGUGCUCCAUUUGAACAUAAGGGUUAUUCAAAUACUCAGAAGAAUAUUCUUCUUCAGGUGGAUCAGAACUGUGUUCGCAAUUCUUAUGAUGUCUUCUCUUUGCUGCGGCUUCAUAGAGCCCAGUGUGCAAUUAAACAGACUCAGGUAACUGUUCAGAAAAUUGGAAAGGAAAUUGAAGAAAAACUAAGACUCACAUCUACAAGCAAUGAGCUGAAAAAAGAAAGUGAGUGCCUGCAAUUAAAAAUUUUGGUGCUUCGAAAUGAACUGGAAAGACAGAAGAAAGCUUUGGGACGGGAGGUGGCAUUACUGCAUAAGGAACAAAUUGCAUUACAGGACAAAGGAAGUGCAUUUUCAACUGAGCACCUCAAGCUUCAACUCCAGAAGGAAUCCUUAAAUGAGUUGAGAAAGGAGUGUACUGCGAAAAGAGAACUCUUUCUGAAGACUAAUGCUCAGUUGACAAUUCGUUGCAGGCAAUUACUAUCUGAGCUUUCCUACAUUUACCCUAUUGAUUUGAAUGAGCACAAGGAUUACUUUGUAUGUGGUGUCAAGUUGCCCAAUUCUGAGGACUUCCAAGCAAAAGAUGAUGGAAGUAUUGCUGUUGCCCUUGGUUACACUGCACAUUUGGUAUCCAUGAUUUCCUUUUUCCUACAAGUGCCCCUCAGAUACCCUAUAAUUCAUAAGGGAUCUAGAUCAACAAUUAAAGAUAAUAUUAAUGACAAGCUGACUGAAAAGGAGAGAGAGUUUCCGUUAUACCCAAAAGGAGGGGAGAAGUUACAGUUUGAUUAUGGUGUUUAUCUUCUGAACAAAAAUAUAGCUCAGCUAAGAUAUCAACAUGGACUAGGGACUCCAGACUUGAGGCAAACCCUCCCUAACCUGAAAAACUUCAUGGAGCACGGACUAAUGGUCAGGUGUGACAGACAUCACACCUCCAGUGCAAUCCCUGUUCCAAAGAGACAAAGCUCCAUAUUUGGGGGUGCAGAUGUAGGCUUCUCUGGGGGUAUCCCUUCACCAGACAAAGGACACCGGAAACGGGCCAGCUCAGAGAAUGAGAGACUCCAGUACAAAACCCCUCCCCCCAGUUACAACUCUGCAUUAGCCCAGCCUGUGACCACCAUCCCCUCCACGGGAGAAUCUGAGAGAAAGACAACAUCUCUGUCUUCCUCCUUGGACACCUCCUUGGACUUCUCCAAAGAAAACAAGAAAAAAGGGGUAGAUCUGGGUGACAGCUUACAUGGAGGCCCCGUGAGUGUGAACACUAGCCAGGAACAGGGACAAGCCCUCUUGGGGCCUCCAGCCACAGUCAAUGGCACCCUCCUGCCCAGCGAGCAGGCCGGCUCGUCCAGCACCCAGCUGCCAGCGGGGUUCCACCCGGUCUCCGAAGCCGAGCUCUGCUGUACUGUGGAGCAGGCAGAAGAGAUCAUCGGGAUGGAAGCCACAGGCUUCACCUCAGGCGAUCAGCUGGAAGCAUUUAACUGCAUCCCCGUGGACAGUGCCGUGGCAGUGGAGUGUGACGAACAAGUUCUGGGAGAAUUUGAAGAGUUCUCCCGAAGGAUCUAUGCACUGAACGAAAACGUAUCCAGCUUCCGCCGGCCACGCAGGAGUUCUGAUAAGUGAAGCAAGCAGACAGUGGGACCGGGAUAGAGUCACUGCUUGAAAUGGGGAUAAAGCUGCACUGGUUACCCUUCGUAACAAUUAUGACACAAAAUGGAUAUUCAUGGAGGAUAUUCCUCAGAAAAACAGACUUUGUGAAUCGAGGAGGGACUCAGGAUCAUUGUGUAUCAGUGGGCCAGAGAAAGUUAGACUUUGCUUGCAAGAUAUGCUUUUCAGGCCCGAUGACUGUUUUAAGGCAAAAGUCACCCUCUAGCUCGAGUCACCUUAUAGGCAUUUGUCUGCUUUUUUAUUUACACUUCUAUGUUAUCCUCAGAGGGAAGAUGAUAAUAUAUAAAUAAUAUAAUGAACUUGCCUUUCGUUUCUCAUAAGCAUUUGCCCUCACCAUCGUUUAUGAAACUUUGGGAAAAUUGAAUAUUCAGUAAAAGGUCUCCCCCAUUUACUGAAGGAUCUUUGACCAUCCGUUAAGCUGAUGAGUAAGAAGCACAAUGGUCUCCUUUUACCCAGGCCCACCUGCUCCUGCCCCUGCCCCCAGGCUCCACAGUCAACCUAACUGUCGCCCCAUCUGCACAGUAGAUGCCUUGUGCAUCCUGACGACUGAAGACACCACAUUCGCUGGUUCUUUAAUGCAGUCGCCAUGACCUUCCACCUCUUCCAGUCAGCCAUACCCUUGAUGCAGCCCUCAGAUUAUAUGAAAAAUCUCCCCUCUGGUGGAUCCCAGGGGACCCUCAAGGACUCCCGAGGUUACUAUAGUCACAUGUCACCCAGUUCUCUCUGGGGGCCAAAGUUUUUAUGUGGGCAUAUGCUGUUGUCAAAAACUGGGUGUGCUUUCUGGCAAUGCACUCACCAUACAGAAAUCCCUAUAUGUAAUCCCAUGUUAAUUUAUUAAAUUUCAGUUGGAAAGGAAGGCUUGUAUAUGGUGAAAUAUAUGUAGAGAGUCAGGCUGUCCAGUGUGCAAACUGCAAGGCAGUUGAGGUAGUUGGAUUAAGAGACUAGAUGAGGCAUAGAAUACUGUUGGUAUGUGUGCAAUUGCAUAAAUAUUAAAUUAUGUUUUCAAAGUCCAUUUUCAUUCCUGGAGCUGAGAUUUCAUUUGCUGUUGCUAUAAACUUUGUAUACCGAAGGACAUCGCCUCAGGGUUGCAAGCUCUUUAAGGAAAUUUUAUGCAUAUAUCCAUGUAUUGUAUAGAAGAAUAAAAACUGAGUUUACUUCA